AUGCAUGAUACGAUGCACAAAAUCUUCGGAGCCACCCCGCCAAUAUUUUCCUACACUCCCAUUCUAACCAUGAACUUAUGCAUAGCAAAAGCAACACCAAAUGUGUGUCAUAGUACCGGUAACCUGUGCAAAGCUGAAAUGGAUAAUGUCACUAGUUGGGUUUACGAUAAGACUCAGGGAUUAUUUAUAACUGGUGAAUAA